UCUCUCCUCCCUCCUCAUCUCCCGUUACCUUGAAAACAGAGCACUAUCUCCAUUGUCACCUUUCGUCUUUCCAGUUUACGUCGUUACUAUGUCUUCGAUACUCGGCUCGCAAGGAGUGGUUCUAGCCACCGCCAUGGCACUCUCCGGCACUGUAAUUCUUCUCGCUUUUCGUCUUCAGAAGUCAAUAAUCACAACCCAGUUCCCCGUUUCUCAAAUCUCCCAGUCUUCUCCCCCGCAAGUCCUCCGAUCCUGCAUCUCUUCUGGGAAGAAGAGAGCAGGGAUGGUGAAGAAGAAGUCGAAGAAGGUGCACUUCGCGGAGGAUGUCGUGGAUCCGAGGGGCGACGGCGAGGAAUUCAGACGACGGCUGAAGAACAGAGCGAGUACCAUAAUCGGGUUGAAUUCUCCUUCUUCUUUAAAUUCAACGCCGAAAUUCAAGAAGAUCGGCGGCCUUAAAGACAGAGGAAUGCCGGAAAACAGAGUCGCUCUCUACAGAGGAAUUCUGAGAGAUCGGGGCCUUCAGCGGAUGGCCUGCUAUUAAGUCAAGAUUUUGAUUUUCAAUUUUAUUUUUCUUGUAAAUGUAUAUAUAUUUUUUAAAAAAUUAUGUAAUUUUGUGUAGGAAGUUGGAAGUUGGGAAGAGAGACGGGGGCCUACGCACCGUUUUGGCGGUCCCCCCCACUGGGUAAUGGGUUCAGUCUUUCUUAGAUUCUGUUUUAUGAAAUGAAUUUCUCUCUUUUUCUUUU